CGAAGCCCGCAGCGCGGCCUCACCGGCCGCGGGCGAGUAAUGCACCCGCCCUGCUGCUUGCAGGGCGGGCGAAGAUGGGUCCGGCAGCUCGGCCUCGCCGGCCGCCAGGAGAGCACCCACCUCGCAACCAGCGGGUUGGGCAGGAGGCGAAGCCCGCGGCGCGGCCUGGCCGGCCACAGGAAUUUGAGAAGAUUCCAAUGUUCAUGAAGAAAGGUCCUUCUGAAGUAGAUCCUAAGCAUAAUCCCGACUUGGCUUGCCUUCAGUCUAUAAUUUUUGACGAAGAGCAAACUCUUGAAGAGCAAGCAAUGACUUAUAAGAAUGAAGGCAAUGAUUACUUCAAGGAAAAGGAUUAUAAGAAGGCUGUGAUAUCAUAUACAGAAGGACUAAAAAAGAAAUGUAGUGACCAAGAAUUGAAUGCAGUGCUUCAUACUAACAGAGCUGCAGCCCAGUUUUAUUUGGGCAGCUAUCGCUCAGCUCUCAAUGAUGCUACUGCAGCCAGAAAGCUCAAGCCCAACCACCUCAAAGCUAUAAUAAGAGGAGUCCUGUGCCAUUUGGAACUCAAGCAUUUUUCUGAAGCCAUGACGUGGUGUGAGGAGGGACUGAGAAUAGAUCCAAAAGAGAAGAAACUCCUAGAAACAAGAGCUAAAGCUGACCAACUAAAGCGUACUGGAGAGAGAGAUCUGAGAAAAGCCAGAUUCUUGGAGAAGAAGGAACAGGCUCAGAAAGAUGCUGUAUUCAAAGCUAUCCAGGAUCGCAAUAUCAAUUUUUUGCCAGAAUCUUGUAAGGAUGACAAUGUAAUACCAGCAGAUUUGGCUGAGAUGUCUUUAAAUGGCUUGAGCUCAAAGAGUGCAGCUGGUCCCAGGGUCUGUCUUGAUGAAAAUGGUAGCCUUUCCUGGCCAGUGUUGUUCUUGUAUCCUGAGUAUGGGCAAAGUGAUUUAAUCUCUGCUUUUCAUGAGGAAUCCAGAUUUAUCGAACAUUUAAUGGUCAUGUUUGAAGAGCUACCUCCCUGGGAUACAGAAAGAAAAUAUUAUCCUAGUGAAUUAGAGCUUUAUUAUGAGGAUGAAGAAAGAGAAGAGAUACAUCAGAUAUGCCCCCAAUCCACAUUGUUGCAAGUGCUGCAGCACCAAAGGUACUUUGUGAAAGCUGGGACUCCUACUUUUUUGGUUUUGGUAAAAUUUGCUCCUUUCUCUAAAAACUACUUUGCGGGGAAGAAAGUUCACUGUCUUAAGUGAACAAAUACGAACUUUUCUUGAAAGGACAAAACCAGCACAUACUAUGACAAGCAUGGUUUAACUUUCUAAACAGGAACGUCUUGAACGUGUGUACUUUUCUUUUCUACAGUCACAAUGACAAUUGAAUAGAACAUGUCCUGCCAGUCCACAGGAAGGAAUGUAAAACACUUGAGGGUUAACAAGGCUGCAGAACUGAAACUGGCAUUUAUUACAGUUCCUCAUUUUACAAAAUAAUACAUGUGAUAACCUGAUUUUCAAAUGAAGAAUCUGGUUCUCUCUCAAGGUAUACAGCUUGCCAUAUCUACAGUCGUUGGUUGGUAAUUCUAUGCAGUGGUGGUGAACCUUUGGCACUCCAGAUGUUAUGGACUACAAUUCCCAUCGGCCCCUGCCAGCCUGUUAUACAGGCUCUUGGGUUUACAGGCUUACUGAAAAUAAAUACUAAUUUAAAGAGGA